AUGGUCAAGAAGAAGAUGCCUCCGAAGCCAAAGGUUGAUAGAAUUAGUAAGCUUCCUGUCCAUCUUAUACAGCUUAUUCUCACGUCAUUGCCCAUAAAAGAAGCUGGGAGAACAAGUGUACUGUCGAGAGAAUGGAGGCACCAUUGGAAAAGUAUCACCCACCUUGUGUUUGACAAAGAUUUCGAUUCACCGGAUUACAGUGAUUCUGAUGAAGAAAUUAGUGCUGAUAAGCUAAUGUCGAGCAUCCAGAAAACUCUGCAGGUUCACGAUGGGCCUAUAACAGAGUGUGUGGUUUCGAAUUAUCGGUUAACAACUACUGUCGAGAUCGACCCCUUGAUUUCACACCUUAUCGAGAAAGGGGUCUCGCGCCUUUCCCUUCUGUACUGUUGUCGCGAUGACAGUCAACAGUACGAAGACGAGAUCGACCCUUCCCUUUUUCGUGCUGUUCAAGUGGACAGGCUGAAACUGCAGGGAUGUGAACUUGUCGAACCGUCUUGGUUUACCGGAUUUACCAGGCUGACCUCUCUUCACUUGGACAUCGUUGGUCUGCCCGAAGAUUUCUUCGAUAGUUUCCUUCUGAACUGUCCCCUGCUUGAGGAUUUGAGGGUUUUCUACUUUCGGGGUCUUAAUAUAGUUGAAGUUGAGGCUCCACCGCGCCUCAAAGUGUGUAUCCUGAGGGCAGAUCUCGGUCUAGUUGAUAUUAGCUUCAGCUAUGCUCCACUUCUGUCUGUUGUCUCAAUUCAUGCGGAAGAGUGCGGAGACGAACCUGAAACAGAUGUGGUCUCUUUAUUUGCUUCUCUCCCGGCACUCCAAAGGUUUUACAUUAGCUUUGAGUGCCUUGAAUUACUUGCUGCAGGUUCUGUUCCCGACAGGCUUCCGGUUGCGCUUCACUGCUUAGAAGUUCUUGACAUUCGCAGAUGUGACGAUGAAGACAGUUCGCUUGAGCUGGAGCUUGUCCUUUGUCUCAUCAGAAGUUCCCCCAACUUGAAUAAACUUACAAUUAAGGUUGGUCUUGUGAUAGAUACUCUCUACAUCAUACCUUUUGCACUACAUACGACUGUGUUCACUGUCCAGGCUUUUGGUUUUUUAUGGGAUUUGAAGCUGUCGGAACGUGAACCAGAGGCACAUCCUGAAGAUGAAGAUAGCUUCUGUCAGCAUCUUGACGAAGUCGAAAUUCGGCUCAGUGGAUUCUCUCAGGUUGAGCUGGACCUGUUGAGGUUCGUGUUGGCCAACGCCCCGCUACUGAGAAGGAUUGUCAUUCAGCCUAAGAGCAGAUUGAGGUGGGAAAAAUGCCUCAAGUUCCUGGGAGAGAUUAAAGAGUAUGAUUGUGCUUCAAAAAAUGUAGAGAUCAUAUAUGUGAACAAGUCUGGUGUGAUGUUCUUCAGUAUGAGACUGGCAAAUGUUUAA